CAAAUUCUGAAUAUAAAGUUGCAUUUAUUAGGGAGCGUUUUACUCUUAAUGUAGGACUAUCAAGGUGCCAAUAUAGAUUUAAUUGAGCUCAAUGAGAAUACCGACACAAGGUGAGAAACAAAAAAAGUACCAUGUCAUUAUGACGUUGCAGCAACAUGUCAUUGCGGAUUUGGACAAAAUCAAAAGUAAGGUCAUUAUGUCAUAGUGCUGAAUUUAACAUCUAAUGUUACAAUACUUUAGGAUUUUGACUCUUUAAUUAGAUCGUCUAUAAAUAUAUUCAUCCUCUUUCUCUUGCAAAUAUCAUACGAAUCUUUUCUGUUCCUAUUUGAGAGAAACCCAAUAAGAAUAAACAAAAAAAAAACAAAAAAAAAUGUGUUCCGUUGGUGCUGAAAAUUUAGACAAGCCUCAUGCAGUUUGCAUACCAUAUCCUGCCCAAGGCCACAUUAACCCAAUGUUAAAGUUGGCCAAAAUCCUGCAUCACAAAGGAUUUCAUAUCACCUUUGUCAACACUGAACACAAUCAUAGGCGUCUCCUUAAGUCUCGAGGCCCCGAUGCCCUCAAGGGCUUGCCAUCUUUUCGAUUCGAGACCAUUCCUGAUGGCCUCCCACCAUGUGACCCUGAUACUACCCAAGACAUUCCUUCCCUAUCUAAAUCCACUUCUACUACUUGUUUAGGUCCUUUCAAAGAGUUGCUUACAAAGCUCAAUAAUACUUCUUCGCCUAACGUGCCACCUGUCUCGUGCAUCGUUUCUGAUGGUGCAAUGAGCUUCACUCUCUUUGCUGCUCAAGAUUUCGGCAUCCCUGAAGUUCUCUUUCGGACCCCAAGUGCUUGUGGUUUAUUAGCUUACAAGCAUUACCGCCAUCUUGUUGAGAAAGGAUACACACCACUUAAAGAUGAAAGUUACUUGACAAAUGGGUACAUGGAGACAACUUUGGACUGGAUACCAGGCAUGAAAGGAAUACGUUUGAGGGAUCUUCCAAGUUUCAUUAGAACUACUAAUCCAGAAGAAUACAUGGUCAAAUUCGUCAUCCAAGAAACAGAGAGAUCGAAAAAUGCUUCUGCUAUCGUUGUCAAUACAUUUGAGCCAUUAGAGAGAGAAGUUCUUGAAUCACUUCAAACACUUCUUCCUCCUAUCUACGCCGUUGGGCCAUUGCAUUUGCUCGUGAAACAUGUUGAGGACAAAAAUUUGGAGGACUUGGGAUCGAAUCUGUGGAAAGAAGAAACCAAGUGUCUAGAGUGGCUAGAUUCCAAGAAACUAAAUUCUGUUGUGUAUGUCAAUUUUGGAAGUAUCACUCUCAUGACACCGAAUCAACUUAUAGAAUUCGCCUGGGGACUUGCCAAUAGCCAGCUGGAAUUUUUGUGGAUAAUUAGGCCUGAUAUUGUAUCAGGCGAAAAAGCAGUUUUUCCACCUGCAUUCCUGGAAGAAACUAAAGAAAGAGGGAUGCUGGCAAGUUGGUGCCUGCAAGAACAAGUCCUUGGCCACCCUGCUAUUGGAGGGUUCUUGACUCAUAGUGGAUGGAAUUCGACACUCGAAAGCAUUAGCAGCGGGGUGCCAAUGAUUUGCUGGCCAUUCUUUGCAGAACAACAAACAAAUUGUUGGUUUUGUUGCAGGCGAUGGGGAAUAGGAAUGGAGAUUGACAAUAAUGUGAAGAGGGACGAAGUUGAAAACCUUGUGAGAGAAUUGAUGACGGGGGAGAAAGGCAAAGAGAUGAAGAAAAAAGCACUGGAAUGGAAGAAAUUAGCUGUGGAAGCUGUUGAAAAACCAACAGGAUCAUCUUAUGUGAACAUAGACAAAUUGAUCAAUGAAAUUCUACUCUCCCCCAAAAUCACUAGGCAAUAGUAGUGCUAAUCAAUAGUUGGUUCAUUUUCCUUCUUUCGUUAUGUUGUACGAUAAAUAAAAUAAAAAUGCUCUCUUGCAUCCUCAAAAAGUCUAAUACUAAGCUUGCUUUUGAUACCAUUUGGUCGAAAUUCAUAGUGAUAAUGCACACUUUCAUUAUUAUUAUUAU